AUGGACGCGCGGUUAUACAGACUGCGAUACUGGAAUAUCUCUGUAAGCUUACCGAAAAGUGAAUUUGGAAAGUUGACCAUCCAAUUCCUUUCUCAUGAAGUGAGUGCGGAAGGAAUCAGAGCCUUGCCGAAGAUCGUCAAAGGCAUAGAGGACUUACCUUUCCCGUCAACGUACAAAGGGCUUACUGAAGACUUACCAGUAGUUGCCGCUGUGCUCUACGAACUGGACGAAGAACGUGUACGUGCUGGACGGAACCUGGAAGCCGCGAAGGAGUCCUUCGAGAUACUGAAACGUAAGAUCGUGUCGACCCCGCUGCUGCGGCAUCCAGAUAGGGUCAAGCCUUUCGUGAUUAUUCCGCAUGCUAACCCGUGGGCGGCGUGUGCAGUUUUGGGUCAGGAACAUGAAGGGCUCAUACACCUACUACGAUUUACUGACAUAGUGUUGAAGGAGCAAUUUACUGACAUAGUGUUGAAGGAGUCGGAGUUACGCUACAAUAAAGCCGAGAAGGAAGUGCUCGCAAUCUUGCGGACUCUGGAGGUGUUCAGAUCUCUGAUCCAUGGCUUAGAAUUCCCGGUUGUGGUGUAUACGCGCUACUCCGUGCUGAAAUGCUUGUUAGAAUCCAACACUGCAGAUGGACGGCAUCUGAAGUGGGGGUUGGAAUUAUCAAGAUGGUCACUGGAAAUCCAUCGGACUCAGAAAGAUGAGGACAGCCUUGCGGCCAUCCUUGGGUCCGGUAUCACUCCAAGGGAACACUUAGAUAAAGUUGCAGAAACCCUGAUUCCCGUCAAAGGGCAUCUGAAAGUAAUGCCACCACGCUGCAAAGGUUUCUACCCGCCGAGGAAGCUGCGGGUGUAUAUUGCGGAAGCUGUCAGGGUCGUGAAGGCUGAAGGACAUAUCCUAGAAGGUGUGACAGUCAACGACGCUGAAUAUCAUGGUUUAAUUCUGGGUUUAAAGCUCGCUAUGAAGCUUGAUGUUAAGGAACUUGUAGCAGUCGGUGAUUCCCGAAUCGUCAUCCAACAAGCUCAGGACCUGAUUAAUUGCAAUCAGCCUAAUUUGCAACGACGCUUGGCUGAAUAUGAGGAUCUCAGGAAGGAUUUGGCGUCUGUGAAGUUGAUUCAUGUUAAACGUGAAUUUAACCAAGCGGCCGACUACCUGACCUCUAAGACUCUCUUGCUUGGAGGAUCCUGGGAGAUCGAUGACCCAGACAAGAUAGUACAUCUACGUCUCGUAUCUAGAAUCCCUGAAAAGAUCAUGAAGCCUUCGGAAAUCUCAGAUACUUCUGCGACCGAUGCAGUUCGUACGGACCAAGUCGUCCUUGAAAUGAGAAACCCCGAUGACGGAAUACCUGAGUCUUUAGCUGCCGCUGCUGAGGCAUUGAUGGAGAUGACGAGAACCCGUGCAGGAAUAGACACAGAAUCCCGGAGUCCCGUAGACCGGUCUGGAUACCAGGGUGAACGUUGGAGAAGAACAAAGGUUCACCAAGAUGAGAAUCCGUGUAUUCAGCAAAUGAAAAAGGUUCUAAAAGUAGAUGUGUCUCAAGAAAACAAGUGA